AUGGCGCUUGUCGCGGAGGAGCUCGCGCGCUGGGGGACGCACCGGGCGUCAUUGCAGCCGGCGCCCGAGAAGGCAAUAUCAACUGCGGCCGAGGCUGCUUCUUGGCUGUGGAGGGCCGCGUGCUUCCUCGGCGCCGCGUGCGGGGGCAUCAUCCAUGUAUCUUCGGUGCGGCCUGACCAUGCCCGGCGGGUGUCAGCUCAGAAGCUCUCAGCGCAGGCGGUGGACGAGAGUAGGCGUUGGCAAGCAGAGCGUGCCACGGCUGAUGCAAUGCGCAAGGCAGGCAAGUACAUGGAGUUGUACGCGGAGGACCAGGCCGCAGCGGAGCGCUUCCUGAGCACCAUCACUGCCUCGCGCGGGAUCGGCCUCCCUGACGCCAUGGAGGACAGCGUCACGAGUGGCAGCUUCCUCUUCGGCGACGACGUCCUUGCCGGCGCAGCGGAGUACAUAUCUCGCCGCGCGUGCGACCGCGAGGAGGGCAUGAGCGCAGAGCAGAGGCAGUUGUUGAGAGACCAGGCAUAUUCUAGCUACAGAACCUUGUCCACCAAUACUGUGGAGUUGCGGCUGGCGGAAGAGUUGGUGGCUCUCCUCCGCAAGGACUCCAUCUGGGCGGUGGCCAGACAGGUCCGGCUCAUCCGCGCUGACCUCGGGUUGCCGCUGGGCGAGUUGUUUACCGACCUCGCAGGGACCUUCGACACAGGUCACCCCCCAGCUCUGAUCUUAUCGUUCGCAGAUGGUGCGGGUCUUACUAGAGAAGACCUGAUGCUCGCCGCCGGCAUGGUCCAGGGCUCUGCUGUUCACGUUGUGCCCCGCGCCGCCCAGUCGCACCCUGUUCAUUUGGAGGUGGGAAUGCCGGAGGGCAGGCGGCUCGCGCCAGCCUUCUUCGUCUGCACGGCGCAGUGCUUCAGCAAGGUCUUGGAUCCGCUUCGAUAUGCUGGCGUCGGCCUCAACCCGUUUGAGGCAGCGGUGCUGGCCUACCACAUGCAUGCUCAGGCGGUGGCCAGCGACGUCAUCCCUGGCAUCCCUUGGUGCACCUCCGUGGCGGCUGCUUGCGAGCAGGGCCAGUGCGCGUGGGGGGACGCCAUGCGCCAGGCCCCGUCGCACGCUGACCAGUGCAGCUUGCUGGACGUCGCAGCUCCUAUCAGAAUCGGCCUCACACAGUUCAUCGACGACAAUUGCUGCAGGAGCAGCUCCAGGGGCGGCCUCGUGAUGAGCGCCCAGCUCGUGAGGAGCGCCGUCGCCAGCUUCCGCGGCUCGCUGCGCCUGGGGCCGGGGAAGACGGAGUGCAUGGCGCAAGGCAUCCCUGACGAGCGGCCCAUUGAUGACAUCCACUUCGUUCAGCAGUGCGUCGCGCUCGGGAUUCCCAUCGAAGCCGGCGCGAGGAUGAUUGGGCUCAUGAGGCGGAUCGAGGGCCGAGCCCAGACAGCAUGGGACAGCGCGCUCAUGGGCAUCGAGCUGUUGGGGCUCCCGCUGCAGGCGGCGCUCGCCUCCUUGCGCGGGCGCGUCCAGCCGCGCGCGUGCCACGGUACCGCUCUGCUGCUCGUGCGCGGCGAUUGGGAGGCCAGGCUGGACGCAGUGUUCGACAGAUGGGUUUCCAGGCUGCUGGAGCUUUCCUCCCCAGUCCCUCGCGUGGACCUCCUCCGCGAGGUCGGCAGACCCUGGCGGCUCAGCACGCGCACGCUGCGCGACGCGCUGGCGCUCCAGGCGAGGGUGGAGGCCCUGCCGAUGGAUUGCGACCCGCGGCGGGUUUCCAGUGUCGCCGCCGGGUGCGCCAGCUCCUGGACAGCUGCCGUUGGCCGUUGUGCUGCUGCCCUCCAGGUCCGCGGCUUCCGGCAGUGGGCAGCCGCCUCGUGCUCGCUGCAACCGCAGGACCUCACCAAACCGGCCUGGAAACGGUUGAUCAAGAGGUACCUCCAGGAGGAGGUCGAUCCGCGUCUCCACGCCCGCGAGAUCCAGUGGCAGGGACAGGAGCGCACCAAGUACGCUCCAAGGGGCGCCGCUGUCGCCAUCGACGCGUUGCGCCUCCAGGGGCGGUUCUCUGUCACCGACGGCCAGGCCGCGCUGAAGUGCAGGUGGUGCCACCAGGAAUGCGCCGACGGCAGCGCGCACUUCCUCGCAUGCAGUUGCGCUGACGCUGCGGCGGCGGACGCGGCCGCCGGCACGCCAUGGGAGGGCAUGCCGGCCGCGGAGGUCUUCCGCCGCUGCCGUGAGGACGCUGAUGCCUUGACGGCGGUCACUGUCGCGAGGCCGAGCAACGCCCCAGUGUCGGGGGCCGACGGCAUCGAGAUUUGCCGGCUGAGCACCCCGCUGAUUGCGUCGAAGCAAGGACAGAGUCGAGGCGCCCAGCCCCAGCAUGAACAACCAAGCUUUGUGGAACUUGCAGGCCGAGGUGCCUCAGGCGUCGCCGCAAGUAGACAGCACCAGCGUGGACGACAAGAAGAACAUCAAGAGGGGUAG